UGGCCGUAUUGUGGUGUUUGCUACUUGACACUAGAAGCAAAGGAAUCCAGAGAGGAGGGGGACCCGGAAGUUGCAUAGAAGAGGAAACAUAAUUGUUUCGGUGGAGCGUCGAGCUUUCAGGUCUUUAAAAAAAAAAGGUUUUAAUAAUAUCCCCAACUUGAAAGUAAUUGAUCCUGUGGGCUGCUGUCAGAAGGCCUUGGUUCCAACAAGAUGGACGUCGAUCCGGAGCAGGGGGGAGCGAAUGCAGCGCCAGAGUCACAGGAUAAGGUGCAGACCUUGAAGGAUCAGGUAGAUGGAGUGAAACAUAUCAUGACGCAGAAUGUGGACCGGAUCCUGGCCCGAGGAGAGAGACUGGACGACCUCAUGGACAAGACAGAGGACCUGCAAGCAGGGGCUCAGCACUUCAAGCAGACCUCACAGAAGGUGGCUCGCACCUACUGGUGGAAGAACGUCAAGCUUAUCGUGGUCAUUAUAGUGAUUGUCGUCAUCAUCCUCCUCAUCAUCAUCUUGCUGUGCACUGGUGUCAUCCCUAUCAAUAAUAACACCCAGCCUACAGUCGUUCCCCCCAAGAACCCAUAAACACAAACAUACACAGUUCAGUCAAACAAACACAUUCCUACCACACAAUAUACAAAGUAAUAUAUAGGCUCAAGCAAAUUGCUGCUGUCUGGUGAAACGACUACUUCGGAGUUUGUUCUUACUGCUAACUGCCAUACUAAUAUUGGAAUUCAGGGACUUCAUGUUGUGGUUUAAAGAACUUGAAUCACACAGAAACCUUUCAAACAUUCAAGCACAAUUCCAGCUUAUCCAUUUUUGAGAAAUUAAACAAAAUUCUUUAUAAGCUCUGAGGACUUCACCUGACAGCAGAAAAAAAAUCACUAUCACUGUUCUUAUAGGAUGAUUCAUAUCACCAUGUCUUCAGUCCUGGCAGACGUCACUUUAACAUGUGUAGAUGGAUCCCUCCGUCUCUGACUAGACAUUGUGUGUCUUGAAUGUUGUCACAUAGAUUUAUAAAUGGUUAGUAUUGUUUAAAUAAUGAAAAAUGCAGUGUACAAGAAAUCAGCAGAAUGUUUUGACUUUUUUGGCAUUGGAGAAAUGCACCAAGCCCAAAUCUGUAAUAAUUUUAGGUCACAGUAUAUUUAAUGAAAGGUUUUGGUUGUCUGUUAUUAUUUGUGGACUUUUCCUUUUCAUUGUGUUUUCAGAAUCUUUGUAUCUGGGCAUUCUAGAAAAAGAAAUUGAAUGUAUACUCUGAGGACUGAUUUAGCUCUGAUUUUUGGUGGAGGUGAUAUUUCUACUCUGUCAGUAGCAUACAAGCAAAGUUACACAACCAUUUAUGCACAGAAAUCCUCUGUUGUAGGACAGAACUAUUUGUGAAAUAUUUUGACGUGUGGUCAACGUAUCAGAAGUGACCCCCACACAGAAACCAGGAGUUGAUCUUUAAAUGUGCAUCAGAGUUUUAGCUACAGCCCCUCCAAGGCCCAUUUCAACCAGGCCUUCACAAUCACAGAUAACAUCCAAAACAAUGUUGUGAGCAUUUUUAUAAUACAGAUCUAGAGCAGGGGUCGUGUGUCUCACCUGCCACCAUGCUCUGCUGUUGCAGUGCCACUUUAGAGGUUAGGAUGAUACUCAUUAUGGACUGUAUAUCAUCAGCAGAUUCCUACCUGUAUGUAUAUUUGCACCAGUGUGUUAAUGGAAGUAUCUGCUUUCUAGAGGCUAUUUAUUUCAUG